GGCGGCUUCCAGGCGGGAAUUCAAAUGCCUGAAGAGGUAAACAACAGUUCGAAACACAGGUGAGAGAAGGACCACCAUGAGUAGAAUAAAUGAUGGUGCUGGGCCUUCAACACGCAGACAUGGCAACAAUCGCCCCCCUCCUAAAACAAGAACUGGAGUAACUGGUCGGACAUACGGGUACACAAAGCUGUGUGAUGUAAAAGUCAGGACAACAGUGAACGUGUAUGCUGCUGUCAAGUUCUUCAAGCCACCAUUUCGGUCCAGAGGAACAGAUUAUUGUAUGGUGGUAAGACUUGUGGACCCAUCUCUAGACAACCUUGAUGAUGGACUGAAGUGCCUGUUCUUUGCCAAGGAACAAUCCAUCCUGCCACAGAUUCACUCAGUCGGGGACAUCAUCAGGAUACACAGACUUAAGGUUGAUAACUUCCGAGACGAGCCCCAGGGUAACAAGGGUCCAGGUUUCUCCUGUCUGGUGUUUGACGGUAGACCAGGCGCCACGGUCGACCCUCGCAGCGACUCACAAAACUUCACAUUUGGACCUGAGGAUGAAGAGAAGGUAUUGGAGCUGCGUGACUGGGUUGCUCUAACCCCAGAGUUAAAUGUUUCAAACUGUGAGCUUACGACCCUUGCUGAUGCCGAGGAGGGACAGUAUUUUGAUCUUUUCUGCCAGAUUGUGUCCAUGGCCAAGGUUGAUGCCACAUGUGUACUGUUCCAGGUCUGGGAUGGCACCAUACCAACAGAACCCUUCAGAAAGGCCGACCUUGAGGGACUCACCCUGGACCGAAAAGCUGACCUGGCCCAGAAGGUUAAAGGUCACCUGGUGGAUGUCUUCAUCUUUGAUGACCAUGUGCCGACUGCUCUAAGAUUCAAGCCUGGUGACUUUGUGAGGAUCUGUAACCUGCAUGUGGCAAAGUACAAGCCCCCAGAUGACGCGGUCAGACCGUCUGGUCAGCUGGUGGAGUUUGUUGUACACAAGGGAACGUCAUUCGGACGGGGGCUGACACCACUCUCCUCAGAUCACCCCAACCUCAUGGAUAUGAAGAAUGCUAUGAAGCAAGUCAUUGAGAGCAGCACCACAGCAGAAGAAGCUACAAGUGAACAAGAUGAUGAUGCCUGUGGUCCUGUCAAAAGGAAGAAAACUGGAGAAAGUUCAGCUGAGAGUGUUGGCUCACUAGUGGAGGGGGACAGCAAUGUACAGCAAGGGACCAGCAUGGUAUUUGUGGGGGACAGUAAUAUGGAGGAAAUUGACAAAAUUGUACAGCAAGGAGACAGCAUAGUACAAGGGAACAAUGUUUCAAAAGAGAGGGACAGCAAUUUGCAAAAAGGGAAUAGCAAAAAGAAAGGGAAGAGCAGCACUGUGCCAGAGGAGGGCAGCUUUGCCAGCAGCUCUAACAGCACUAACAGACGGUGCUUACUGGAAACAGGGACAGUUCUUACAGGUCACCACCACAUAAAAGUGACACCGAUCCAUGCAGUGUUGACUCACUCCACUCCCUUCAAGUUCCGUCUGAAGGCCCAGCUGGUGGACUACAGCCCCAGGGACAUCACAGAGUUCUGCAACCUCUUCUGUUACACCUGUAACUAUUGUAUAAAGAUUCCGCCUUCACUGAAACAGAAGGUUUGUCACAAAGAAGGAAGUGAACCCUCUGACAGCAGUUUUCCCUGUCUUCAGUGUAAGAGAAGACAGUCCAGUGAUGGAAAUGCAGAAUCUGCUGUUGUCCCCAACAUGAAGUACAUCUACAUUGUAAAGUUGACCCUGGAUGAUGGGACAGGGUUGCUGGAGGUUCACAUGUGGAAGGAGCAUGCUGAGGUGUUUUUCAAAGACCUGCCACCAUGCAACCUGUACCAACAUCAGGAAGACAGACAGGUGCUGUCUGAUUACAUGCAACAGCUGUGUCCAGGUGCUGGCAGUCAGACAGCUGCACCCUGGCUGGAAUGUUGCAUCAUGUCUUACACUGUGAAGGACUCAGGCCCUGCCUUGUACCAGAUCUUUGACACCACACUCGCACUGGAGGCAGCAUAGACUUCAAAAUAACACAAGCUUCAAUAGUUAACAUUGUACAUUUAAUAGUUGUGUAUGUUCAAACUUACAAGUAUGUUGUUGUAGUGGCCCACCUAGAGUAAAGCUGGU